UUAACAUGGUAGAUUGAUUGGAAAGAUAAUUCAUUAAUCGACGACGAUAUGCUUGGUUUGUUUUGCAAAUUCGAGUGUUGUUGUUAUUUAUUUCAAUUUUUCCUGCUAUUGUUCUUGCCUACACACACCUGUUGAUUGAAUAUUUUCGGUGACAUAAUGUCCAAUCAUUAGUGGCUGAAAAACAGAAUGGGCAAUAUACAAUCAUUACCCGAUGAUGGACAAUGGUCAUCGAAAAUAUCGAUGGAAGUUAUGGAAAAAUAUCUGCGACCAACAACUGAAUAUUCAUUGAAAAUAUUACGCCAAUAUUUUGAACGUUACCGGUUAUUUGUCAAACAUAAUCCAUUACUUGUAUCCGAAAUAGAAUCAGCCUUGUAUUGGAUAUCAUAUCUGUUGGCAACUACUCGAUUUCAUAAUUCUCGUAUCAUAUCCGAAUUACUAUCAUCAUGCUCAUCAUUGCUCACAUUAUUCGAUGAUAGUCUGCUCCGUCGUUCGUAUGGAUUAUCGUCGACGAAUCAACAAAACACCAAAUCAACAAUUUAUGCAUUCCAUUUGAUUUUACAAUUUAUCGAAUAUGUUCAAGUAUUUGUCGAAUUGACAGCUGUUCAAUUGUAUGGCCGUUAUGGUAAAUGGUUGGUCAUAUCGAUCAUCGAAAUCAUCAAAGCAAGUAUACGUUUGCUUUUGCUAUUCUAUUAUCAACAAGGUCUUACUCGUCGUCAAUAUCUGACGCCAUUGAAUCGAUUAUAUGAAUUCGAACGAUUUCAGAUGAAACAUAAAUUCCAACCACAACAACAACAACAAACCGAUUCAUCAUCACCACGGUCCAGUGUUGACGAAGCAAUUGUUAUACCGGAUGAUGAUGAAGAAGUUAUCAUACCCGAUGAUGAUAAUAUUGUUCACCACAAUAAUCUGGAACCGGAUGAAACACAACUUUUCCGAUUGAAAAGUUCCGGUCGUAUUAUUCGAAAUAUUGGCCAAGCACCACCCAAAGAGAAACGAACUUGGCUUACACCACAACAACAGCAACGUUUACGACGUUUAUUGCAAAAAAAUCAUCGAUCAUCGCCCACAGUGACGCAGCUCAAUCAGCGACGAUUAAUCGGUGAACUGUUACAUAUCCUACGGCCAGUUAUUCAUCUAACAACUGGGGCAAUAGUCGGUGGUGUCGAAGAUCAUUGGACACCAUAUAUGGUAUCGCUUGGUUUGGAUGUCAUAUCGCUACGAUUGUUACAAGGUAGCAAUUUUUAUUCAUCAAAUGAUAAAAAUCUAUUCGGUUUGAUUAAUUGCAAUGAUGAUAAGGAUAUUGGUGUUGAUAUGGAUGUGGAUCAUAUAUGGAAUUGGUCCGAACGUUUGGAAAUUCAACGACGCUAUCUAUCACUAUUAAUGUACCUGUUACGAAGUCCAUUCUAUGAUCAAUACACUAAACAACGUUUAUUGCGGCUAAUAUCAUUGUUUGCCAAUUACAUUCCAUUGUUUGGUCGUUUAUGUCGACCAUUAAUUCGAGUGUUACCCGAAUGGCAACAAAUUUAUUUUUAUGUAUGGAAUUGAUAAAUGAAAUUAAAAUGAAUCAAUCAAUGAAUCAAUUAUA